CUGGAUCUGAUACAACGCAACACAUGCGAUAGAUUUGGAGGAAAGUUUGAUUUUGUUUACGCUUCCUGGUUCUACUGUCUCGAAAAUACCUAUAUCGAUACUAUUAUUUAUUAGGAUGAAUGCAGGUUUACAAGGUGCGUUUGGAUCUACAAUUGGAAACGUAGGAAACCAGGAGUAUUACCUACAAGGUAGCGUUUUGGACAGCGCUAGGGAGACGUUGGUUCACCGCCUGAAAGCACUCUGUGACAAUGUACAACUCCAUCCUGAAACCUUCAAUGAUCAUGAGAUUGUUUAUGCUCUCCGAAGUAACAAUGCGCAAAAUGUAAUUUCACUUCGAGCAAGACAUGCUUUGGACCAACCUGCUGACUCGGCCUGGCAGCUUCGUUACUUAGGUCAACCUGAGAUGGGUGAUAAAAACAGAGGAGCAGCAAUGCGUAGCUAUUUAGAUACAUGCACUGGACCAAACCUACCAGACUUUCUAACAGAAAUAGGUUUCAAGAUGGAUUAUGAAUUAGUGUGUAAGGGAUACAUGUUUCGGAAAGGCAAGAUGAAGGUUACUGUUACAAAAUUAUACAAGAUUGUGAAUCCAGGUAGUUUUGAUAAACUGGAACCAGUAUCAAAUUCACACUUAGUGGAAUUGGGUGUGGUUGUGGCAUCUGCUUCAGAUGCUAUCGCUGAUGAUAUCAAAUGCUUUGCAGAACAACUUAAACCUAUUGUAACAAUGGAGAAAGUAGACCCAAGAAAGAUACAAGCAUAUUGAGUUGAUGUAACUACCAAUCAUCUUGUUUUGAAUCUUUCUAAAUGCCGUCGAAGUAACAACAUGCCAGCUUCAUGGAACAACUUGUACUCUUUAUCGAAAAAUUGACAGUUUAUGUGUAAAUUGAGUAAAGCUGAGAUUGUGAAUGCUGCUAUGAAAUCAAAGCACAUCAAAUCUUUAUCAGUCAACUUUUAGAAAUGGAAAUUUCUGGAUUGACUUUUGUUGAUCAUCUAGUUUACAUGUGGUAUGUCAUUGGAAACUUUUGAGAUAAGAGUGGAAAUAUUUAGUGGGGAAGCUUAUGCUUUCAAGAAGUUGAAUGCAGUUGAAUGAAUGAAUAAUUGAGAUCAGGAAAAGGCUAGAUUGUGGCAUAUGCAUUGCAGGCCUUUCCGUAAAGGUUGUCAGCCCUAUAGGCAUCAGCAUCCGUAGGGUUCUUUGAAAAGACUGUCUACUGCAAGAGGACACAUAGUUGGAAGGCCUGUCUUUAAGAAGUGCUUGGAGGUAUGACAUCAGAAAAUGGUAGGGCACUCUGUACAUGCUUUAAAAUUUACUUAUUUAUUCAUACCAUGGAAUAGAGUGCACCACUAGUCUAUAAUGCAGAGAUAUGAUGGAGGCUCAGAAUCAUCCAUGGGAUAGUACAAACCAUCUUAGUUUUUGGAUGCAUUGGUUGACUAACUUGGAUAGUUACCAUGGUAGUUACUCAGGCACAUACCAUAAAUGUUUUACUAAUGGACCACCUACCAUGGUCCCCUAUUGUUAAUUUGAUUAAUUACUAUUAUUUAAUUACUGUACCACGGACCUUCUAUGGUCAACUUAAUUACCAUGAUUUAUUGCUGUACCAUAGGCCCCUUACGGUUAACUUAUUACUAUUAUGAUAAUUUUUGUUCUUUGGACAGUAAAUUAGAGGAAUUCCAAUGUACCUUAAUAUUUCACAAAUUAAUAUUUGUCUAUGUUUUAUAAAUCAUAAUACUUUAUAAGAAUAAAAGUUGAUCAUUAUUUCGUACAGUAAUAUUCUUGUUUAAAAUCAAGUGAAAAUAAAAUACACUGAUAAUUAAUUUAAA